AUGGCACACAUGAAGGCUAUCCAGAAGCAGUUGGCCUUCAUGUUGGGUAGACAACAGAUUUACAUAGAAAUUCCCGAGAGUACUCCAGAAUAUGAAGAUAUUAUAGAAAUUAUGGCUAACUGCCACUUGAACAAUCACUUCCUGAAUCUUGCCAGGGAGCUUGACAUCAUGGAUCCGAAAACUCCCGAAGAUGUUUAUAAAUCCCAUUUGGAAAAUAGUCGUCCUCCCUUUGGAGGCAGUCAAGUUGAUUCUGCCAGGCAAAAUUUAGCAGCUAGUUUUGUGAAUGGAUUCGUAAAUGCGGCUUUCGGCCAAGACAAACUUCUAAUGGAGGAUGGAAAUAAAUGGCUUUAUAAAAACAAAGAGCAUGGAAUGCUGAGUGCCACCGCCUCCCUUGGGUUAGUCCUCCUCUGGGAUGUUGAUGGUGGUCUGACUCCAAUUGAUAAAUACCUGUAUUCUUCCGAAGAUUACAUAAAAUCUGGAGCUCUGCUAGCUUGUGGUAUUGUCAACUGUGGAGUCCGAAAUGAGUGUGAUCCUGCCUUAGCCCUCUUGAGUGACUAUGUUCUUCAUAAUACUAAUAUUAUGAGGAUAGGAGCCAUUGUUGGUUUAGGUUUGGCUUACGUUGGUUCUAACAGAGAAGCUGUCCUGAGUCUGCUCACUCCAGUAUUCUCAGAUCCUAAAUCCAACAUGGAAGUAAUAGGCAUGUCGGCAUUAGCCUGUGGUAUGAUCGCUGUUGGAUCUGGCAACCCCCAAGUCACCACAACAAUUAUGCAAACUCUAAUGGAGAAAUCAGAUACAGAACUGAAAGAUACAUACGCUCGGUUUUUGCCUUUGGGUCUGGGUCUUUGCCAUUUGGGAAAACAGGAAGGUAUAGAUACUAUUAUUGCCACUUUGGAAGUCAUACCUGAACCUUUCCGGUCGAUGGCUACAACAAUGGUGGACAUUUGUGCCUACGCUGGAACGGGAAACGUUCUCAAAGUUCAGAAUUUGCUGCACAUUUGUUCAGAGCAUUAUGAAGGCUCUGAUAGCACCGACAAAAGCUCCAAAGAUAAGGACAAAAAGGAAACUGUUAAAGAAAAAGAUCUAUCUACCAGGCAGGCUGUAGCCGUACUUGGUAUUGCAUUGAUUAGCAUGGGGGAAGAUAUUGGCAGUGAAAUGGCUUUCAGGACAUUUGGGCAUUUACUUCGUUAUUGUGAACCAGCGAUUCGGCGAGCUGUACCUCUGGCUUUGGGACUCAUCUCCGUGUCCAAUCCAAAGUUGGGCAUUCUCGACACCCUCAGCAAGUUUUCACAUGACAGUGAUGCAGAGGUCGCCCACAAUGCUAUUUUCGCCAUGGGAUUGGUCGGAGCUGGUACUAAUAAUGCCAGACUGGCAGCCAUGUUGAGGCAGUUGGCACAAUUUCAUGCCAAGGACCCAAACAAUUUGUUCAUGGUUCGCAUCGCUCAAGGGCUCACUCAUCUGGGCAAAGGAACACUUACCUUAAGUCCUUAUCACAGCGAUAGGCAACUGAUGAGUCCUGUAGCUGUAGCAGGAUUGAUGGCAACACUUAUUGGAUUCUUGGAUGUCAAAAAUAGUAAGUAGAUUGAUGAAAAUUGA